AUGGCUGUCUCAAGUGUAGGGUUUAUCGAGAGUGAUGAUGUAAGCCAAGGUUACUGCUCAUGUGACUCCGAGACAACUGCAGGCACUGAUACUAGCGCGAGCGAAGAUGAUGGGAAGGGGAUUCAAAUUAAGAUUAAGAGAGCCAUUGAAAAUGGUAUACUGGAUGAUGCGAGAAAAAAAAGAAAAAGGAAAAUCCUCAAUUUUGAUGGAAGCUUGAAAAAAAGAAAAAAUUUGAAAAUCGAACAGGAGGGGUUCAAAAUUAACAUUCGGAAAUUUAGACUGUUUAAAAUUGAUCACGUGAGAAAAAAAAAAGAGGAAACGCUCCCCCCAGGGAGGAAUGACCAGGACGGGUACACCGGGGCUGCUGAGGACAAGGAGGGUGCUUCGAAGUGA